AUGGACCAAAGACCUUUCGCGGUUUUCCCCAUAUCCCUCCUAAACACAAUAUUCCUCAUUGGAUCUCUCUCCUGGCUGCAACUUCUCUACGCAGUAUCCUACCUCGCACAACCAUUCUGGAACACACGCCGCGAGUUUCCACCAUUCAACAGAGCCAUCAGUCGCACAGAAACAAGGAUCAUCAACACAUUCCUCGGCACUGUCCCACUCUCAGCCUAUAGUUCCGCAACAGCGGAGCGCCAGUGGUACCUUUCAUCAGGCAAUCAUGCCUUGAACCACGCGAACAACACCUGCACAACCUCCCAGCCGAUCCCCAACUCGCUAGCCGUAUCAGCCUGGCCACAGCAGGGAUACCAAGACUCGGAUUCCUCCUCAUCAGAGCAAGAAAGUCCUUCCUCACAGCCAGACACCGAAAAUCCCCAAGUGAGCUCCCCCAUUUACGAAACCGUGCGCAAACUCCGAUCCAGCACACGAGGCAGCAUCUCAAAGAUCGCCAGCUCGGCAAAGUCCAUCUUCCGACAGCCGCUGACAGUUCUCCCACGGAAUCUGGACGGCUCGGCUCCAGACGAGGAACGCGCCGAGCCAGACCUUGUUCCAGUCCCAGUGCGCACUUCGCAGCCUCAUUUUAUCCAUAACGCGGCUUUCCCUGUGCCCAUGUCUGCAUCUACCCGUGUCGCGGAUCACUUUAGUGACCCUGGUCCGUCGAUUGGAAUCAAGGUGCAGCAGCCGGUCUCGUUUGGGGCUACCAUUGAUGCGGCUGUUGAUUCUGAGACGGUGCAGAUGAAUCGUGCGCGCAAGUAUCACUCUGUCGAGAGUUAUCCUGGGAAGUUUCCCGUUAGCGAUGCGUUGGAUUAUAGCUCGCUUGCUACAGCCUAUGCUGUUAGGGGGAGGGGGACUACUUCUGUUCGACCUUUCUCAGACUACUAG